AAACUUGUAUGCUUAUGGUUAUAUGGUACUAUCCCUCACAAUGAACUCGUGUUCUGCAUGAAGUCAUAUAACAAACCUGCUUGAACUUGUUCAUUUACUACAAGUUGUUCUUGUUUUCUUAGUGUUCGAGACAUGAAUAGAGCAUUGCCGGAGAUGUUACAAAGUUCCGACAUGACGGUGCUCGAGAGACAAAGGGCUCGCUUGAAAUGGCAAGCGGAACAGUUUCAGCAGCAAAAUUAUUUCAGUGAGUUAAGUGGGGUGUUUUCGAGCCAAACCGGCCACGUACAAGGCUUUCAGCAGGGAUGUUUGAUGAGUAGAGGCGGCGCUCGUGGUGAUUCAGUGUUAUCCGACAUGGCGAUGACUCGGCAACUGAAGCACGAACCUGGUUUGGAGACCGCCUGGCAGGGGUUGGGGAAGGUUGACAUGGAGUUCGCCCCAUGUGGGUACGGUAGUGGACCGAGUUUUGAUAUGAAUCACGCCAUUUCUAGGACCUCAAGCUGCCCGCCAGCUGUGGCGGCGGCGGCGGCUGUGGGUUCCAAAGCGGUGAAGGGGAACUCAUUGAAGAUGGGCUCAACUGUUGGAAGAGUAAGCUUCAAGAAAAGGAAAGUUGAGAAGUCACAAAACACAGAGGUUGUUGCAGAAGAUGAGUCCAAGAGGAUCAAAGCCAGUGAAGAAGAAAGAGAGUCGAAAAUUACAGGGUCAAGCACCCACAGAAACAGUACCGACAAGAAGGAAAAUUCCGGUGAUACUUCCAAGCUUGAUUACAUUCACGUCCGGGCUCGCCGCGGCCAAGCCACCGAUAGCCACAGUUUAGCAGAGAGAGUUAGAAGGGAGAAAAUCAGUGAAAGAAUGAAAUAUCUGCAAGAUUUAGUUCCUGGAUGUAACAAAAUCACAGGCAAAGCUGGAAUGCUUGAUGAAAUCAUCAAUUAUGUUCAAUCUCUUCAACGGCAAGUAGAGUUUUUGUCUAUGAAACUAGCUACUGUAAAUCCCAGCCUCGACUUCAACAUCGAAAACCUUUAUGUCAAAGAGGUGCUUCCCUCUUGUACCACUAAUUUUCCACCGGUUGGGAUGGCACCAGAAAUGGAAAACCACUCUCCUUAUCUUCAGUUCAAUCCAAUACAACAAGUGGUCUCUGGUUGUGGAAUGGAAAUGGGAACGAACUCUUGUGAUAUGGCGCUUCGGAGAACUAUUAGCGCCCCGGUAUCAAUCCCUGAGGCAUCGUUUCUAGACACGUCCUGUUUCACUGAUAUGCAGCAAAUUCAACCCUCUGCAGCAUGGGAUGUUGAAUUGCAGAAUCUUUACAAUGUGGAAUUUCCAGGUUCCAUUGAAGCAAGUGGCCUAAAGAUGGAGAUGGAGAUGGAGAUGUGAGAUCAGAAUAUUAGUUGACGAUUAAUGACUGAGAUAAUUCAAGAUGCCUUUGAU